UAUCAUCAUCAUUAUUUUUUAUUUUUCCCCUCUUCCGGCGCCCAUCACUUUAUCCCAACUACAACUAGGGUUGGGUUGGAGCGCUGGGCCUGAUGAAUGACGAGGAGGAAAGCUGUGACAUGGAGGCGGGUUCCGAGCCCCGGCCCCGGAGUGCCUCCGCCUACCUGAAUCCUCGCUACUGGGAUGAUCGUUUCGCGUCGGAGGAGCACUACGAGUGGUUCAAGGACUACUCCCAAUUCCGCCACCUCCUCCAUCCCCUCCUCAACCCCGCUCUCUCUGUGCUGGAGGUCGGAUGCGGGAACUCGCGGCUGUGCGAGGAUUUGUUCAAGGACGGCGUCACCGACAUCACCUGCAUCGAUCUCUCCUCCGUCGCCGUGGAAAGGAGGAGGAAGCGCCUGUUCGACCAGGACGUCCAUGGCAUCAAAGUGCUGCAGGCUGACAUGCUCGACUUGCCCUUCAGCAGCGAAUGCUUCGAUCUUGUGAUUGAGAAAGGGACCAUGGUAGGAUGUCACCUCCUGCUCUCACAUGGUGAUCCAUGGAACCCUCAUCCUGCGACGGUAGAGAAGGUGAUGAAAAUGCUUGAAGGUGUUUACAAGGUCUUGAAACCUGAAGGCACCUUCGUUUCGAUUUCCUUCGGGCAGCCACACUUCAGGCGUCCACUUUUUGAAGCCCCAGCUUUUACCUGGUCUGUUGAAUGGGACACAUUUGGGGAUGGAUUCCAUUACUUCUUCUACACCCUGAAGAAGGGUAGGAGGUCAUCUAACAGUGACGGACAUCAGAACAAGAGCUUUAGCAUACCAUCUAUUAGUUUGCUACAUGAAGAGCUGGAGAAUGAGGAUUAUAUUUUCCGCACCACCAUUGAUGAGCCAGAGAUAUAAAUAUCCUUUAAAGGGUGGAAGAAUAUAAUAGCAUCUUGACAGAAGAAAUGAGAAAAAUGAUAAAUAAGUAUAGAAACUUUCUUGUUUCAGUUUCGAGAGGGACUUAAUGAGGAGGUUAUUUUAAUUGGUGCUGCAGAAUUGGAAUUCAUUCGGUAGCAACAUGAUUCAAUAUUAGCACGUAUGCCACCACUUCUUUAGAAUUUGUGAUGUAAGACAGCUGUGAUGAUAUUAUACUUGGAUGGCAUGUUAUGGUCAAAAAUGGGAAUGCAAUACAUUGUUUUUGACUUUA